UGAGACGAAAUUCUUAAUCCAAUUCCAAACCUUGUGCUUUGAGAAAGUGCCUCUAUUCGCAUUUUACCGGUUGAAUAUGUGAUAAUUUUUUGGAAAUUUAUUAAUCAUAUUUUCAUGUGAGGAUAACCACAUGUAAAGGGAUUACCACUUUUAGACAGCUCAUGACAAUGUCUUAUACAAUCUGAACGAAGAAACACGUGCACAGCGAUGGCGACCAAAAAGAGAGAUAGAAACAUUAACUUUGCGGAGGUGAAAGUCAGGGACAGGACCAUGCGCCGACCCUCGGAGCUACUGGACCCCACCCCUCUCGAGAAAACCGCCUCCAAGCGGCGCCGGAAGUCCACUUUUGCAGCGCUCGUUCAUAUUCGAUGGCAGCUUCUCCGAGACUACGUCAGAUCCGGGAGAUUUCGUGAACUUAUCCAGGACUCGGAUUAUGAUAUGAUGGAUCGCGGCGAAGACGCUGAUAUGAUUGUGUUCAAAAUGGGAGAACGCGAAAAAACAUUCUUUCAGAAGCUUGGUAUGGACACUGGAAUUAAGAAAGUUUCGUUCCGUGAAGUGGCUGAAAAGAUAAUGGCGCGGAAACUAAAUUCUGAGGGAUUCGAGGAUCCCAGGGAAAGGUUUUUCCUAGAUCAGUAUAAAAAAAGAAAAGAAGAAAGGCGAAUAGCUGAAGAAAAGGCAAAAGCCGAGAAGAAAGAGAAAGACAAGGAGAAGUCUCCCAGAAACGAACCGAAGCAGCAGAAUGGGACGAGUCAGUUGGAAACGGUUGCGGAGGAGGGGUUUCCUGCCUUGGAUUUGAAUUCGAAUGAAUUACACGUGCCGGGCAGUACAAGAAAAAGUAGUGUGUUUAAUGAUUCCAGUAGCUACGCUACGACUGAUCGUCGACUAAGCACGCUAACUGAAACAGAUAGAAGCGUCAUCACGGACGUUCUUCAAGAUGACGUCACUAAGGACAUUUUGAAUUCUUGUCAAUCUAGAAGAUCCACUGCUUCCCUACGCAUGCGUCCAAGACGUUUAGAUACAGUCAAUGGAUUCGAUUUUGACGAAGGAGAAGAUAUAGCCAUAGCAGAUCUAAAAUCCCACAAGACACCGCGUAGGAUCAUUACAAAGACGCGUGAAAUGUACAACAUAGCUUGCGUCAUGUGUGGCGUGGUGCCGUUACGUCAGUACGUCAAACAGUGUUCAGGGAGAUACGUCAAUCUAAAUAACGUCAUGAUGAGUGCCCAGUCCAUCAAACCCAUUGCUAUAUCACUAGUGAUGGACGCUCGGGUGGUCGACCUGGAUGUGUCGGAGAACAACAUCGGUCCCCUGGGAACCAUGUACCUGUCCGAGAUGCUGACACGGAACGACUAUAUCGUAGAACUGAAUCUCAACGGCACUUAUCCCGGAAAAGAGGGUCUGCGCGUGCUCAGUGAAUCUCUGACACAGAACAAGUCUUUGGAGAUCCUAAGAUUGGAAUCAAAUAAAAUUCAGCACACUGAAACGCACUUAAUUAACUCUUUAAUACAGAAUGUUCGCAAUCUGAAAGAAUUAUAUUUGGGACAUAAUGCAAUAGGAUACGAGGGAGGAUGUGCACUGGCGAAAUGUCUUGAGGAGAACACUACUCUGAGAGUUUUAGAUUUGCAGUGGAAUCACAUUCGCAAGGAGAGUGCGGCUGCCCUAUGCAAAUGCUUAUCGGCAAACGUUGGUCUACGUACGUUGGAUGUCUCAUGGAACGGACUGGGUAAGGAGGGGUGUAUAGCUCUGGCGACAUCCCUCCCCAAAAACAGCUACCUCAAAUCGCUGUGCAUCACCUCCAACAGAAUAGACAUGUUGUCACUAAGAUUUCUUCUCCAUGGCCUGGUCCGGAACAAAACUCUUCAGUCAUUGGAGAUGGGACAAAAUCCCAUUACCACAGAGGGCGCUAAAGCGGUAGUGCGAGCUGUUCAAUCUGCAAAAGACACCUCCCUCAUCAGAGUCUGCCUUGACGGAAUUUCUGUAGACGAGCAGUUUAUGAUGUUCAUGAAAGAACUGUUCGACAAGAAAGGAGUCAGGGUAACUCACGGAGAUUUACUGAGUAUGGCAAACUCAACGGAGCAGAAAGAGCAUGACCCCCAUGAUCUAAACCGGUUUGAUCCAGUUAUGGUGCUAGUCGAGUACAUGCGCAUCGACAAUCUUAGACUAAUCGACUUCUUCCAGUAUCUAGAUACAAACUCUCGCGAGAGGUUGAGCAAAAGCGACUUCAGAGAAGGAGUGGCGAAUUUGUGCUUGCCGUUAACAGAACAUCACCUUGACUUAGUUAUGGAAAAAGUUGACCUAAAAAGGGAUGGUUACGUAGAUUUAGAAGAGUUCAUGACAGUGCAUCGCGAGGUUUCCCGACAGAUCACACAGAGAACGACAAAGGCUCGUUCUAAGCGGAAGGAGGACGAAGGACUGGUCAGUUUACGAAAAAUACUCAAAGAAAUCGUGGAAAAACGCAACAAGUCCCACAAAGAGAAGGCAAGAGAAAAAAGUCAGAAGAGAAACUCCGAAGCAAACCUUUUGCAACUUGGCGCAGCCAAACGGCUUUCCGAAUCACCGAGCAAAUUAGAGAAGUCGCCAACUCAGCAACGAAGAAGGUCCAUCCAAAUGAACUCGCCGUUACCAUCAUCUAAACAAAUACGAUCAUGAAAAAAGUCAUACUAUUACAUGUACUUAUUUUAUAAAAUUUUGGUCAUUUUUCAAGUGAUGCAAACAGACAUACAUUGUGUUGCAGAUUUUGGGGGGAAACGUGAAGACAUUGUUUCUUUUGUUUUUAUUUAUAAUAAAAUCAUAUCUUUUG